GCUUCUCUGCAGCAAUUGACCUUCUUUCAUUAUGGCAAGUAUUGUGCAGCUUGGAGUAUGGCUGUGUGUUUUGGGCUUUGUCCUAGCACAGGAUCAAGAUCAAUAUUUUGGGUCAAAAGGUUCAGAUGCAACUUUUCAUAGAUGCCACGUUGGUGGCUUUGCAAGAGUGCCAUGUGGAGACCCUGCUAUCAGUAGUACAGACUGUGAAGCUCUCAACUGCUGCUUUGAGCAACAGUGCUAUUAUGCAAAUGAAGUUACUGUCCACUGUCUCCGGGAUGGUCUGUUCAUGGUUGUGGCGUCCCGAGCUGCUACCUUGCCUCUGCUUGACCUUGAUUCUAUAUACCUGCUGGAGGGUCCUAGUGGCUGUGGUCCUAUUCGUGCGUCUCCAGCUUUUGCAGUCUUUCAAUUCCCAGUUGGUGCUUGUGGAACCACAGUGAGGGUUGAAGAUGAUUAUCUCAUCUAUGAGAACAAAUUGACUUCCUCGUAUGAAGUGGGAGUUGGUCCUUUAGGCUCUAUCACAAGGGACAGUGUUUUUGAGCUGUCCUUCCAGUGCAGGUAUUCCGGCAGUGCUGUGGUUUCUUUAGUGGCUGAGGUGAAUACGGUGCCUCCUCCCCUUCCAGUAGCUGCUCCAGGGCCCCUUCGCAUUGAGCUCAGACUGGCUAGUGGUCAAUGUGAUUCUAAAGGAUGCUCUGAUGCUGUAGUCUAUAGUGACUACUACAGAGAUGCCGACUAUCCUGUGACCAAGGUCCUACGGGAACCUGUGUAUGUGGAAGUGCGCAUCUUGGAGAGGACUGACCCAAACCUUGUCCUGCUUCUGGAACACUGCUGGGCUACAUCCACCUCUAGCCCUCUCAGCCUACCCCAAUGGAGCCUUUUGGUUGAUGGGUGUCCCUUUCAUGAUGACCGUUAUCAGACAACCUUGGUUCCUGUAGAUGGCUCUUCUGGACUUCAUUUCCCCAGCCACUACAAGCGGUUCAUUGUGAAGAUGUUUACCUUUGUGGAUCCUGCAUCCUAUAUUCCACUAAAUGAAAUGGUGUUCAUCCACUGUAGUACUGAAGUUUGUCACCCCUCUGCUAAUGACCGGUGUGAACAGCAUUGCGCCAGAAAACAAAGAAGGUCAAUUGUUCCUGUAGGAAAACGAUCCACUGAGGAGAAGCUUAUAGUUUCCAGUAAGCCAGUGAUCCUGACUAAUACUGAGCCCACAGCCAUAGACCAGAGUCUUCACAGUGAAGUGCCCCAGUCACUCGGUUAUGGUCUCCUGGGAGUUGCUGCUUGUGUUUUGCUAGUCUCAACCCUGGCACUGGCUGUUGCUUGUAUUAGGUCAUCUCGGAUAGAAUUGAAGGUGUAAAAGCUUGCAAAAUAAAGCUCUUGAGAAUA